GAGAUUAUUUUAUUCCUGGGGGCAGUCAGCUGUCUUCUCCGAUUUUGGCAGACACCGACAAUCAAACUGGGUCGCAUUGGUCCCUGGGACUAGCGCGGCGCUGCGCAGCUCUGGAUGCGGAUCACGAUCAAGUGCUUACGUCACUACUCCUCUCUCUCUUUCUCGCUCAAGUCCUCCAUCUGAGAGGUGCAAUCUGCUUAGGAGCCGCCGCAGAGGCCAAAGUACGGAACCGGGAGCCAUCCGUCACCAUGGUGAACUUUACAGUUGACCAGAUUAGGGCAAUCAUGGACAAAAAGUCCAACAUCAGGAACAUGUCUGUGAUUGCCCACGUGGAUCAUGGGAAGUCCACCUUGACAGACUCUUUAGUUUGCAAAGCUGGAAUUAUUGCAUCUGCUAGAGCAGGAGAAACCAGAUUUACAGACACCCGGAAAGAUGAGCAAGAAAGAUGCAUCACAAUCAAAUCAACAGCCAUUUCCCUGUAUUAUGAGCUUUCAGAAAACGAUUUGGCCUUCAUCAAGCAGAGUAAAGAUGGAUCGGGAUUCCUCAUCAACCUGAUUGACUCCCCUGGACAUGUGGAUUUUUCCUCGGAAGUGACUGCCGCCUUGCGAGUUACAGAUGGCGCUCUUGUUGUUGUAGAUUGUGUGUCAGGGGUGUGUGUGCAAACAGAAACUGUACUGAGGCAAGCCAUUGCUGAACGUAUCAAACCAGUCCUGAUGAUGAACAAGAUGGACCGAGCCCUUCUGGAACUUCAAUUGGAACCAGACGAACUUUUCCAGACUUUCCAGCGUAUUGUGGAAAAUGUUAAUGUCAUCAUUUCUACAUAUGGAGAGGGUGAGACUGGACCAAUGGGCAACAUCAUGGUGGACCCAGUUGUCGGGACAGUUGGGUUUGGAUCUGGACUCCAUGGCUGGGCUUUCACUCUGAAGCAGUUUGCUGAGAUGUAUGUUGCUAAGUUUGCAUCAAAAGGAGAGAAGGCACAACUUAACCCAUCUGACAGAGCCAAGAAAGUAGAGGAUAUGAUGAAGAAGCUGUGGGGAGACAAAUACUUUGACCCAGCAGUAGGUAAAUUCAGCAAAACAGCUACAAAUGCAGAAGGCAAGAAGCUGCCUCGUACUUUCUGCCAGCUUGUUUUGGAUCCCAUCUUUAAGAUUUUUGAUGCCAUUAUGAACUUUAAGAAGGAGGAGACAGCCAAGCUGAUUGAAAAGUUGGACAUCAAAUUAGAUGCAGAAGACAAGGACAAAGAAGGAAAACCACUACUGAAGGCUGUAAUGCGCCGCUGGCUGCCAGCUGGAGAUGCAUUGCUGCAAAUGAUCACCAUCCAUCUCCCUUCACCUGUUACUGCUCAGAAAUACCGAUGUGAGCUACUGUACGAGGGGCCACCUGAUGAUGAAGCUGCAAUGGGUGUGAAGAACUGUGACCCAAAAGCACCCUUGAUGAUGUAUAUCUCAAAAAUGGUACCCACAUCUGACAAAGGGCGCUUUUAUGCCUUUGGUCGAGUUUUUUCUGGUAUUGUUGCCACUGGGCAAAAGGUACGCAUCAUGGGACCAAAUUACACCCCGGGCAAGAAGGAGGAUCUUUAUUUAAAACCAAUCCAGAGAACCAUUCUAAUGAUGGGUCGAUAUGUAGAGCCUAUUGAGGAUGUGCCCUGUGGGAACAUAGUUGGUCUCGUAGGUGUCGACCAAUUCCUGGUGAAGACGGGCACCAUCACUACUUUUGAGCAUGCCCACAACAUGCGGGUGAUGAAGUUCAGCGUCAGCCCUGUGGUGAGAGUUGCAGUGGAAGCAAAGAAUCCUGCAGACCUUCCUAAACUGGUAGAAGGUCUUAAACGACUGGCCAAAUCUGACCCAAUGGUUCAAUACCUGUAAGCAAUCUGAUUGGUC